AGCUGGCGCCAGGGCUGCUAUGGGAUGCUCCUUGCUCUGAGACUCCCUUCUGAGUAACAGCCUCCUGCCCCCUGUCUGCUCUCACUCACUCUGCAGGAGGACUCCACUUCACCUCAGGGCUUGUCCGAGCCUGCCUAUCCCUGGAUGUCCUGUGCUGCUGUCACCCACACAGACUCCGGAUUUAAAGGGACUUCGUUACCUUCCACAAGGCAGAACCAAAGCGCCCAAGGAGGCGGAUUCUAGUUGGCCCAGGUUGGCACCAGUCACGUUCUGAUGAUGGAAGUGGCUACAGACCAGCCUCGCUGGAUGGCACACCAUGCUGUACUCAAUGGACAGCACCCAGACUCUCACCACCCAGGACUGGCACACAAUUACAUGGAGCCAGCCCAGCUCCUGCCUCCUGAUGAAGUGGAUGUAUUCUUCAACCAUCUGGACUCUCAAGGGAACCCUUACUACACAAACUCUGCCCAUGCCAGGGCCAGGGUUUCCUACAGCCAAGCUCACGCUCGCCUGACAGCCGGUAGUCAGAUGUGCCGGCCGCACCUCCUGCACAGUCCCGGGCUGCCCUGGCUGGAGGGGGGGAAGUCUGCCCUGUCUGCCGCCCACCACCACAACCCAUGGACUGUCAGCCCCUUCGCCAAGACCCCCCUGCACCCCGCGGCCGGCGGCUCCCUGUACCCGGGCGGUGGCUCCUCGGGGGGUCCGUCUUCCUCCCACUCCAGCCCCCACCUGUUCGGCUUUCCCCCCACUCCCCCCAAAGAUGUGUCCCCGGACCCUGGCAGUGCAGCCUCCCCGGCCUCCUCCAGGGCUGAGGACAAGGACAGCAUCAAGUACCAGGUGGCCCUGUCAGAGGGCAUGAAAAUGGAGGGGGGCAGUCCCCUGAGGAGCAGCCUGGGACACAUGGGGGGCCAAACCUCCACCCAUCACCCCAUCCCAACGUACCCCUCCUAUGUGCCCUCUGCCCAUGACUACAGCAGCGGCCUCUUCCACCCUGGUAGCCUCCUUGGAGGACCAGCUUCAAGCUUCACCCCAAAACAGAGGAGCAAAAGCAGGUCCUGCUCAGAAAGAAAUCCGGUUUCUUCGUGUUUCCAUUUAGAAGGGAGAGAAUGUGUUAACUGUGGAGCUACUGCGACCCCCUUAUGGAGAAGAGAUGGAACAGGUCACUAUCUGUGUAACGCCUGUGGACUCUAUCACAAAAUGAAUGGUCAGAACAGACCACUAAUUAAACCCAAACGGCGACUGUCAGCGGCUCGCAGGGCAGGAACUUGUUGUGCAAAUUGUCAGACCACAACUACAACAUUAUGGAGGCGCAACGCAAAUGGGGACCCAGUGUGCAAUGCAUGCGGACUCUACUAUAAACUGCACAACGUGAACAGGCCUCUCACCAUGAAAAAGGAAGGAAUUCAGACCAGAAAUAGGAAAAUGUCAAACAAGUCCAAGAAAAACAAAAAAGGCUCGGAGUGUUUUGAGGAACUUUCCAAGUGUAUGCAGGAGAAAUCGUCUCCUUUCAGUGCUGCUGCACUGGCAAGUCACAUGGCGCCUAUGGGUCAUUUAAGUCAUUUCAGCCAUUCGGGUCAUAUAUUGCAGACACCAACACCCAUUCACCCUUCUUCCAGCCUCUCGUUUGGGCACCCACAUCCAUCCAGCAUGGUGACUGCAAUGGGUUAAAAAAAAAACUGCUUAAGAGACACUGGUAGAGCAAGAUGGUGUUGCUUGGGUUGGUACCCAGAAUCCUUUGAGACCAUAGGCGACUCCUUUGCACCUUGAUUCCGCUACACCAUAGCAUUGGAAUUAAACAUGACAUUUUUCUUGGUGGGACAAGAUAAGCACUUUGCUCCCCCUGGACUAAAAAAAGGAAUAAUUUAAUUGCCACUUGCUGACUGAAAUGUGGUGAAGGAAAAAAGUGGAUGCAAGAGAUUUUUUUUUUUUUUUUACUUUUUUUUUUUUAAUUAUUACUGUGAAUAUUGUAAAUUAUAUUCUCUUGUGAGUUGAAAAGGACCAGAGGUAGACAAUGCUGGAUUUGUAAUGCAGACUUGUUCCAGAAGAGCAACUUUGUAUAAAAAAACAAAAAACAAAAAAAAAUUGAAGGUUUAAUUUUAAAAGGAAAAAAAAACUAUUUAUUUUUCGCUCCAGAUUUUAUUUUCAGUCCAUCUCCAGCCUUGCCACAGUUCCAUCUAUUGUACGUUUUUUGUUUUUUUUUUUGGCUUCAGAAUUUCCACCUUCCUGGACAAGACCACCUUAUCACUGACCUGUGUUUAACCCCUCUGCUGCUGCAGGGCUAAUGGUGAAGAGUUUUUUGGAAUAAUCAACCAUGAAAGCAAACAUUGAAAAUUAUUUAAUGCGGUUCUUUUUAAGUGACUGCACCUGGGCCAAGGUUUCGGCUGUUUUGUUUUUAUAACGGUUAUUUGGCCAUGUUCCCUGACAUUAUACGCACACGCCAGAUUUUUCUCAAAAUGAACAAGAAAUGAGGGAAAAAAAAUCUUAAAUCGAUUUUUUUUCUAUUCUUUUGUAGUUAAAAAAAUAAGUUCCUCUUAUGUGAAAAGCGUUUCUAUAUAUUUCAAAAAUGUUCCGACACUUGGCUAAGUGCAUGAUUGAUUUUAAUCUGCAUAUGCUGAGGUUCACAAAAAAUCAGGGGGGUACAGUUUUCAACUGCGCUUCUUCACGUUCUUAGCACAGACGUUUGCUAAGUUACAACAGGAAGUGGCACCGAAUAUUGUGUCCCCCUACUGAAAAUGAAACAUGCACUUUUUAAUAUGUAUACGGUAUAUAAUUGCAUGGAAUGUUUUUGAAAAAAAUAUGGGAGAUACUCACGUUUUAGGCAGAGUAUUUGUUUUUCUGUAGGUUUGUUCCCUUAAAUCAGAGGUUGACUCUUUUGGGCUAAAGAAGAGCGCCCAUUGAUUUUUUUUUUUUGUCUUAUAUGUCUGUUUGCAUUUUUAUUUUUGUUGUAGUUGUCAUAUGUAUGGUUAUACAUGUCUGUUUAAUAUUUACUUGUGAAAAAUUUGAUUAGCGUCACACAAUGUUUUGCAUGGCAAUCUUUUAAUUCCUGGUUUCACAUUACUCUGCUGUUCUCUGCUAACUCCAAAAAUCCACCAUAGACAUUUAACAUUUUAACAUCAGAAUUAGUCCUGUAUGACAUCAGAAGUGCCCAGAUUUAUUUGAUCUGUAUCCAAACUGAAUUGGGAGAAUGUGGCACAAAAUGAAAUAUUUUAAGUUACUUAGCGUCACUCAAUAUUAAUUCAAAAUUAAAGCAAUUGAAACUUCAAACAUAACAUUGACGCAGCGGCUAAACAAUUCUUUUCUGCUGUAGCACUUCUAGGCUGAAUGCGUUGGCGUUUAGAAGCUUAGCAGUUUGCACGCAGGGACUCAUAUUAGAAAUUAUUUUUUUCUUUAUUUGCAAUGCACCUUUUAUUUGGCUUAAGACAUGCUAUCUAGUAUUUAUGUGUUCAGUUACAUUCAUUUAUGUUUAACAAAAGAACGUGAUGAAUGUUCCCCUUUUAAGAAAAAUUUGAAGAAUAAAAAAUGAAUAAAACAAUUCUCUUUUUAAAAAGCAUUUUUUUAUAUGGGUAACAGCUCCCGACCCGAACAUUUGCAGAAUGUGUAAUCUUAUCAUUUUAAUCUGCAUGUUCAUGAGAAUUAUGAAUAAAUAUAUCCUGCUCCGUAUCUUUUUGGAGGCUACGUUUAAGCAAAAGUCCUGUAAUAUAAAACCGCAGUGCAAAAGGACACUGAGUACCCACACAACAUGCAAUAUUUAAAUUAUACAGAAUAUGAUUGCAUGAAAUUACAAAAGGGGGACAUUUUAUAUUUUUAUUGCAGUAGUAUUUUACUGUAGUGUAAUCACAUAAAUACGAUAUUGGCUCUUUUGUUUAAUAAAAGGUUACAUAGGAAUUUGAGCGGACAGAAGGGCAUGCCUUCAGGUUUUGACUGGUCUUCAAGGCUACUAACAAAAUUGUAGUAAUUUAAUUUUUCUACUCUUAAAUUACUAUUUAAUAUUAAGGAAGAGGUUGAUAAACAUGCAUAUUAAAGUAUUGUUUCCUGCAUAUUCGCACAAAUCUCUCGAGUCUAAAGCUUGGACUCUUGAUGUCUACUUUAGUAGUUUGGUCAUCCAUCAAGUAGAGUUCUUUGUACAUUUAAUUUAAACAGUCAUGCAGAAUUUGUUCGCACUAUAUAAAUAUAUAAUAAAAAACAGGUAAAAUCAACGGUGGAUGCCUAGAAGUGUCUAACCAUCAAAGAUCUUAAAUGUCUGUCCAAUUUUGUCUAGGGUUCAAGUGCACCUACUGUAACUUCAGUUUGGUUUUGGGGGCACAGCAGACAUGUCUUCUUCAAAUGAACAUCUUCAAGUCCGUCAUGUGCCAGCAAGAAGUUCAUUUUGAAUAAAAAGUCUCUUCUUGGCCAUCCACAGCCCAUUGUACAGCGCUACAGAAUCUGAUGGCGCUAUAUAAAUAAUAAAAUAAUACACAAAAAAUAACUGAACCGUGACAGGCCUAAAUUAACUUGUAUACAAGUUGGUAAAAACAAAUUUAGUGGAAGCAGAACAAACUGGUAUCGUAAUGGAAUGUGGAAGAGGAAUAGUUUAAAGCCAUUGCAUAGAUAUCCAUCAACCAUUUAUUAAAAACAAACAUACAAAAACAAACAAAGAAAAAGAAAAAGAAAACAUAGGCAGACACAGAAUGUUCUUUCCAGUGUGAAAUGUAAUCUAUCAUUUUGUCCCAAAGCAUCUUUUAUGAACAAGUUCAAUAUAUCAUAAUGUAUAUAAUUACUUUUAACGAAGAAGAAAAAUAAUUUCUGGGUGAGAGAAUAUUACGGAUUAACCGAUUUUACGUGUAUUUUGUGGCAAAUAAAGUGCUAUAAAAAUAAAGACACAUCUGUAAUGUACAUUUCUGUUCUGACAUAUAUAUAAUGCAGUUAUUUGAUAAUAAAAAAUAUAUAAAUAUAUAUAUAUAUAUAUAUAAAAAAAAAACACCAGGAAGAGCCAGACAGUUUUAAUUAACCCUUAAAAAAAUAAAUAAAGGCUGCAUGGCAGGAUUGUCUAUGUCAUCAUGGGUUAAUAUUCUUUCUUUUUUUUCUUUUUUUUUAAAGAUAUGUGAAACUUGGAAUUUUUUAUUUGUGAUGGAAAGAUGAAUUGUGCCAGGUGUGGGGGAAGUGGUCCAAAUUACGUUUAACCACUUUGAAACCAGAGAAGCUUGCAAUUAAAUGAGCUUGUGCUCUGGAUGCAUUGGGGUUAAACUUUCAUGGUACAAGUUGUAAAUUGGUUUUGUACCUUUUUUUUUCUAUAGGGGUGGGCUAUGGGACAGGUUACUGAUACAAGAGAAAUUAAAGUGCAAUAUCUUGCCAGCCUGUGGGGUUAACCUCUGCAGUCCAAAAUUAAAUUAUUUUGUAUCAGUAUCUGCAUAGAAUUCUACAGUAUUUUUUUCCGACUUGUUUAUUUUGAUUUGUGUCCUUAAGUUAUUGUCAAUCCUGUACACCAUGUUUAUAUAUUGUCUGUAAAAAGUGUAUGCUAUCCUCUUAUUCCAUGAAGGUGAAUAAUGCUAAAAAAAUAAAAUAACUUUUUUUGUGGAAA